AUGCUGAACCGGGAUGCAGAGCGAGAGCGAGCCGUUGCGGAGGCGAAAAUGUGGGGGGAGAAUUUCAGGGAGAAUAGGAGACAAAAUGGAGAAUUGGAGAGGUCUGAGAAGGAAGAUUCACCUAGGGAAACUGUAAAAAUGUUGAACAGAGAUUUGGACAGGGAAAGAGCAGUUGCAGAGGCUAAAAUGUGGGGUGAAAAUUUUCUAGAAAAGAGACCACAUAACACUCAUGCCGCUGGAUUUGCACUCGCUACUGCAACAUGGUAUGGUCCACCCAAUGGACAUGGAACUGAUGGUGGAGCUUGUGGAUUUGGAAAUGUAGGCAAUCCUCCGUACAAAUCCUUAAUAGCAGCAGGAAAUCAAGCUCUAUAUAAGAAUGACAAAGGUUGUGGGCAAUGUUAUCAGGUGAAAUGCACCUCAAAUCCAGCAUGUUCAGGAAACUCUUUGAAGAUUUAUAUAACAGAUGAAUGUCCUUCAUGCAACGGUGAGCCAAUUUGGUUUGACUUGAGUGGAACUGCUUUUGGUGCCUUAGCAAAAUCGGGUCAAGCUGAUGCCUUGCGCAAUGCCGGAAAGAUUCAAAUCUCAUACCAAAGUCUGAGAUGCUAG